AUGGGCAAUGCCAUGAGAAGUAUUCUCGCCUUCAUUCCUUCUGAACGCUGCCAGCGCUUCUUAGUUGGGGACCUGAAGGAGAUGCCACUAGAUCGGACCCUGGACCUGAGUAGCCGACAGCUGCGAAAGCUGCCUGUUGCUGCCUGUCUCUUCAAUGAGUUGGUGAAGCUUUACCUGAGUGACAACAACCUCAGCAGCUUACCGGCUGAAGUGCAGAGCCUGAGAAAGCUGCAGCUUCUGGCCCUUGACUUUAACUGCUUUGAAGAGCUCCCACUAGCCAUAUGCAGGUUGCCCCAGCUUAGUAUUCUUUACUUGGGUAAUAACAGGCUUUAUCACCUCCCCGUAGAGCUGAGAGAGCUUAGGGAACUUAGCACUCUGUGGCUGGAGACUAAUUGCUUCACUGUUUUCCCUAAGGUUGUUUGUGAGCUCUCAAAUCUAAAGACCCUGCACCUCGGAUAUAACCAGAUACGGAGUUUACCCAAAGAAUUUGGACGGCUGCACGAGCUGCGAAGUAUUUGGCUUGCUGGGAACCAACUGCCAGAGUUCCCACCAGUGUUGCUUGAAAUGCACUCUCUGGCUGUUGUUGAUGUAGAUCGGAACAGAAUACGUCAUUUUCCUAGCCUUUCUCACAUGCAGGGGUUAAAACUUGUGAUCUAUGACCACAACCCCUGUGUUAAUGCCCCAGCAGUGGCUGAGGGAGUCAGAAGGGUUGGGCGCUGGGCUGAUAGCUCAGAUGACGAGCAGGAAGAUGAUGCUUCAAAAGCAGCAAGUGAGACUACAGCUGAGGUUGUCGAAGUCCAUCCCGAAGAGCAACAGAACAUUCAAGGUUAA